CGGAGCCGGCGCGGGCGCGGGCGCUGGACGCCGGGAGCCUGGAGCCGAAGCCGGAGCCGCCCCACGCGGCGCUCAAGCUCCUGUUCACCAGUGGUCCUAAGAGGCAGAGGCAGAGGCAGCAGUCCUUGACCCCGGUCACAUGGGUAGGAGCAUCCACCAGCUAUGGAGAAGGGUGCGGCCACAUCUCCACAUGAUCCCUCCCGCAUAAAACCAAAGCCACCUCCAGACACAUGCUCCAGUGCCUCAGUCUAUAUGCAAAACCUGGAGAGAAGAGACCUACUCCAGUCCCUGGAGGAAGCUGGCUCUGCAGGGGGUGAUUUGAGGACUGGAAUUUGAACCAGGAACUUUCUCCUUUUGCUCUUCUUCAUUCAUACUCAUGCCCAAUAUACCUCCUAGGAGACUGCUUUAUUUAUUUCUAGAAAAACAGUCGUCGGGCAGUUAUUGUAACCUCCCCACGUCUGGACAUUUUCUUUUGGCUCCAUUGGGAGCCUAGAGCCCAGUGGUUGACAUCAUUGACACACUGGGGAGCUGGAUGAGAAGUGGCCAGGGGCUGUGGGCAGAGGCCGGAGCCGUAGGGUCCCAGGAUGAUAUCUAACGGCACAGGCUCUUCCUUUUGUCUGGACUCUCCUCCAUGCAGGAUCACUGUCAGCGUGGUCCUCACUGUCCUCAUCCUCAUCACCAUCGCCGGCAAUGUGGUGGUCUGCCUGGCUGUGGGCCUGAACCGCCGGCUCCGCAGUCUGACUAACUGCUUCAUUGUGUCGUUGGCUAUCACCGAUCUGCUCCUUGGCCUCCUGGUGCUGCCCUUCUCGGCCUUCUACCAGCUAUCCUGCAGGUGGAGCUUCGGCAAAGUCUUCUGCAAUAUCUAUACCAGCUUGGAUGUGAUGCUGUGCACGGCCUCCAUCCUCAACCUCUUCAUGAUCAGCCUUGACCGGUACUGCGCUGUCACUGACCCCCUGCGCUACCCUGUGCUUAUCACCCCAGUACGGGUCGCCGUCUCUCUUGUCUUAAUUUGGGUCAUCUCCAUCACCCUGUCCUUCCUGUCUAUUCAUCUGGGGUGGAACAGCAGGAAUGAGACCAGCAGUUUCAAUCACACCAUUCCCAAGUGCAAAGUCCAGGUCAACUUGGUGUAUGGCUUGGUGGAUGGGCUGGUCACCUUCUACCUGCCACUGCUGGUCAUGUGCAUCACCUAUUACCGCAUCUUCAAGAUUGCCCGGGACCAGGCCAAGAGGAUCCAUCACAUGGGCUCCUGGAAGGCAGCUACCAUUGGGGAGCACAAAGCCACAGUGACACUGGCUGCGGUGAUGGGAGCCUUCAUCAUCUGCUGGUUCCCCUACUUUACUGUGUUUGUUUACCGUGGGCUGAAAGGGGAUGAUGCCAUCAAUGAGGCUUUUGAAGCCGUCGUUCUGUGGCUGGGCUAUGCCAACUCGGCCCUGAACCCUAUCCUGUAUGCCACACUGAACAGAGAUUUCCGCACGGCAUACCAGCAGCUCUUCCGCUGCAGGCCGGCCAGCCACAAUGCCCAGGAAACUUCUCUGAGGUUGAGCAGCUCUCAGCUGGCCAGGAAUCAAAGUCGAGAACCCAUGCGGCAGGAAGAGAAGCCCCUGAAGCUCCAGGUGUGGAGUGGGACAGAGGUCACAGCCCCUCAAGGAGCCACAGACAGGAAGCCAACGCUAUCCUGCACUGUGUGCUCCAGCAACCUUCUAAGCUGCUGCAAGAGCCUUUGGGGACUUAGGUUCCUCCAGAGACACAUGAGAGGCCCCUCAGAGGAGCAGCCAGGCGAGCCACUGUCUGAGGAGCCACCGAGGACACCACCCCAGGAAGCGGUGAGGACUCUCCCCUCCGAGGCUGUCUAGACCCCGCCCAGGACACAGAAGAUACUGCUUCUGGUCACCAAGAUUUGACUCCUGGAGCCAUUAAGGACCCAGAAGCCCCCAAAGCCACCGAAGAUGCACCCUAGCCUGAGUCUAGGGACUCCCAGAGCACACAGUGGAGUGCUGGGGUCCUUGGGUCUAGUGUGGAACAGCCUGUUCUGUGCUCAGUAUUCCCAGCAGAUGUUCAGAACUCUCCUGGGCCUGGGUCCACUGAAUCCCAGGGGUUCAAAGCUCACAUUGGUGCUGGCCCUGAGUCAUGAGCAGAGAUGGCUGGAUGCGGGGGAGGUAUGUGCACAGGUGUGUGCAUGGAUUUGUACACAUGGGAAUGCACAGGCCCUCAGAGCACAGCAGAGGGUGUGGCCAUAAAGAGUGAGCCUCUCACUUCUUCAUGGAUUCUGUAGGAUGAAGGAAAGGAAAGGCAAGGGAAGGGAAAGAAAGGAAGGAAAUUAGCCUUUAAUGAGCACCUGCAGUGUGCAGGUACUUCACCUGCACGAGCUCAUGUAAUCCUUAUAACGUGGUAAGAAGCACCAACCUACUUUAUGGAGGUAGAAACUGAGGUUCGAAAGAAGACGGGACCUGCCCCCAGGGCAUUCAGCUAGCAGGUGUGCCUGGCUCGUUUGAGGCACUCAAAAGAUCGUUGUUGAGUAAAUGAAUGAACAGGAGCAAGGGCAGAAAGUCUGGCCUCAAGCCCACACUCAGGGGAGAGGUCAAGGUGUGUGCUUGACUCAGCCUACCCUUCUCUAGCUCAGACCUGGAGCCUGAGGGAUCCCUUCACGCUGCAGUACUGCCCCUCUCUGGUGCUUUUCAUCAACAAGAAGCGGUGCGGAGCAGAGCAAACAGGUGGGGCAGGUGCGAGGACAGUGGGUAGGAUGCCAGAGUCAGGGAGAGAUGGCAUGGUGGGAGCAGUUGACCCCACAGCAUCCUCUGCUGGGUGCGUGACCUUGGCUGCAUUAGAAGUGAUGGUUCUGAGCAGCUCUUGGCUCCUCCAUCCAAGGGGGUAGAUCCCCCUUUGCUAUUUACAGGGUUAUUGAAGAGACCCAAGGAGGUCGGGGUGCUGACAGCCCCGGAGAAACACGAGGGUGUGCAUGGAUCCUCCCUGCUACCCACCGCCCCUCCCUGAGCCCACUCCACCCUCAGUUCCAACAGCCCCAGGUGGCACCCCCCUCUGUGCACACCCAGGCCUUCCCCGCCCUCCUGUGGCUCACGGUCCCCUCCCAGGCUGUCAGAUGUGCCUGUCCCAUGAGCCUUCUCUUCUCACUGCGAUUUCUUUCCCUCUGUGGCCUCAUCUGCACCCUCAUAACGGAAGUCGCCAGGACACUUACUGUGAGGAAAUGACUCACAGAUAUGUGCCUGGAGCCUAGGCUUCCUUUGGGAGCUUUCUGCUCAUGGCUGUGCACCUGACAUCUCCACCUGGGUGUUUCGAAGGUACCGACUUUUAGUUUAGCAUGUUCACAACCACACUCUUGACCUGCUCCCUGCACUUGCCCCUCUGCCAGGUUCCUUGUCUCAGACAGAAGCCUGCCUUCUGGGCCCGAAGGUCAGCCUUAGCUCCUCCUGGUCAGCUUUCUCGAGUCCUAGCUCCACAUGUACCCAUCUGCUUGAUUCUCUCCACCUGCCCUGUCCUCACUCGGUCCCACACUGCCAUCCCUGGAGACUGAGACAGCUUCCUGACAGCUUUCCACGUCUCCCACCGGCCUCCCUCAACCCUCCGCUCCCAACAGCCACAGCGGGCUAUGCGGAAGGCUGCCCUGGUCAUGUGGUCACGUGGCACACGCAGGCUGUCAUCUUUCUCAUGGCCCAGUGGUCCUGUGUGCUCAGCCCCGACAUGGAGCCUCCUGCCUCCUCCUGCCAGGCUCCGCUCUGUCUCUUCAUCCCAACCCUCCCGGCCUCUCCUUUCUGUUUGUUUAUUCUCCUGCUGCUAGCUGCUACCGGGCCAUGCACCAAACUAUUUCCAUGACGUGGAAUACUCUUCUUACCCGUCUGGCCAUGAGGCCUCAGCUGAAAUAUCACUGUUUGAGGAAGUCUUCCUUGACCCACCCCAUGAGGUCAGGCCUCCCCCAACACACACCACAACUGUCCUCAGAAGCCAUCACGUGUUUGUAAUUUACAGCCAUCUAUCUGGUUUCCUCACCCCUGUCCGUCUCCCCCACUCAGGAGGUCAUGGGCCCUGCCUGUUUCUAUUAACUCUUGUAUGUCUAGCCUCUAGAAGAGCUAGUAAGGGCUUUAAGCAGUUUAUCUGCCAAUAUACCGGAAGGCAUGAUUUGCCCCAGUAGCCCUCAGAGGUGCUCAAUCUCAGAGGGCUCAAUUCCUUCUAGAAGCCCCAGAAUCCCCUCCUCAGACGUUUUCCCGGGAGUCUGAGGCAGGUGGGUCUCUAACUCAUGGCCAAGUAGUUGGAGGCAUAAGACCAGUCUGGCUGGUCACAGUGUCAGUUGGUCAGGGUUCUGACCCAGUGUGCCCACCCACUGCCUGCCAUGGCAGGGGCCUCCUUGGGUCUGUGUCUCUCUCAGCUAUCCCCACCCUUCUGGAGGCUCCCCGGAGCCUCUGCUGGCUGCAGAAGUGGGGCCCAUGCUGUCUAGAGGAGGAGCAUCUGCGAUGGGCCUCCAAAUCCAUGUUCUGUGUUACCAUCAUGUUCCAAUAAAGCUAUCGAAACAGA